AUGGGUAUUCCCGAGCUAUGGGAGGUGUUGAGGCCUGCGUUUGACGAGAGGAUUCCCCUUGAAAAGCUUGUCGACCAGUUUGUUCGGGAUCUAGGGCGCACGCCGAGAGUGGCCAUUGAUGGAUACAUGUUUAUGUUUCAGUCGGACCACGGGUCGAUAGUGGCUCAGGACAAGAAGUCGAUAUUGAUCCAGAAUUUCAUGUCCAAGGUUCUUGCGCUUAUCGGGUUGAACGUUUCAGUUCUCGUGGUGUUUGAUGGCGUUAUGAAGCCGGACAAGUCCGGGAGUGGGCCCGCGUUGAACUAUGAGGAGGAGUUGGUCAAGUUUGAGCGUCGCAGCGACUUUGCCGAGCAGAACCCGUUUGUAGAGGAGUUGAAGGAGGUCUUGCUCGUGAACAGGGUCGAGUACUUCCAAGCGGCAGGAGAAGCCGAGGCCCAGUGUGCGUUUAUCCAGAAGCUUGGGAUCGUCGAUUACGUCAUUUCCAACGACGUCGACACCUUGGUCUUUGGAGCCACGAGGAUUCUUCGCAACUUCAACAGGUUUGCCGAGGACACGGCUCUGUCGCCCGUGAAGAAGCAAGGCGCGGUCAGGAGCAAGUAUUACGUGACGCCAGUAGACAUGGCCAAAGUGGAAAAAGUAACGGGCUUGUCCGAGGAACGCUUGGUCUUUCUUGCGUCGAUGCGAGGCGGCGACUACUCGUCGGGGGUUGACAAAAUCGGCAUCAUAAAUGCCAAAAACAUGGCUUUGUGCGGUACUUCGAAAGCACUCUACUACCAUCGCCAGAAAACAAAGAUUGAAUUGAAACAAGUGAAAAAACCUUGCUUGCUGCUUCCUCCUCCUGAUUUUGCCAUUGAGCUUUGCAGGUGCUUCAAGUCGAGCAAAGAAAGAAAGCAACAGUCGGUGCUACUACGACCGUGGGAGAGCAGAAGACGCGAGUGCGAGCGGCGACAGAUGCUUGCCGCGUAUUUGCUCAAGCUAAAUCUGCAUUUGCAGGGCCCCAAUCGAGACAUCUUUGGCAGAAAUGUGACGAUAAAGGAACCGAUCAAGAUCGAUGAGUAUUUCACGUUGCUCUACAUGUUUCCCUUUGUCCGACCGCAGUUGCCCAUUUUCUUGCCCGACACGCUUAGCUCGGGCGAGCUUGCUACAAACACUUUGCUCGAUAUAGACUCCAGGGAAGCUGUCCGUCGCUGCAGCAUGGUUAGCAAUAUCAAUCUCAACGGUAACGACACCCACAAGGUCAUGGCGCAAACACACUUUUUUGUCCCCGCUACUUAUUGCUGGCAAAUGCGAUACGUCGCAUUCAAACUUUUGUCAAGCGAAACCUCGAUUCGGAUCAACAAGGACAAAAUCGAGGACGAUUUGCAAAAAUUGAUGCUCAAGUUUAAUCCGGGGCUUUUAUUCAACAGAUUUCCCGAGUCGAGCGAGGCAAGAAGGCGCCAGCGGUCUCCAGAGAAAAAUGACGACAGCGACAGCGCGCUGGAUCUGUUGUGGGUGCCGAGAUCGUUGAUGGAGCUAUUCUACCCUCGACUUGUGGCAGUCUAUGACCAAAAGAAGAAAGAUGACGCUUAUUUUGGCAAACGCAAAUGCUCUUUGCGACAGACUACUUUGGACAUGUUGGAAAACUCACCGACAAAGAAGCAGAAAAACCGCAAUUCGGAAUUCAACAUAAAGGGCAAAGAGGCUAGAUUUGAACCUGUCCCGUUCAAGUCUGUACCGGAACUAAGGGCGAUGAAGCUGCUGCCCAAGAAACCUGUGCGCCGCUCGUCUCCUAAAAAGAAGAAAGAGCCCGCACUCGGUCAACAAAGACUCGACAUGUUCCUCAAGCCCCGGAUGGAAAAGGUCAAGGAGCGGGUCUUUAUUGAUAUCACAAACACCUUGGACAGGGACGAGGACAGCCCAUUCAUAGACCUCACACUGGACUGA